AUGCCGGGUGUCCCAACUGGUCGGGCUUGUGACGGCUGUCGUAAGCAGAAGAAAAAGUGCGAUGAGAAACAGCCUACUUGUGGACGAUGUCUGCGUCUGAAAGUGAGCUGUGUGGGGUCCGGUCAGCAACGAUUCAAGUUCAAACAGCAUCAAUUUCCCCCCAAACCAACUCAAAGCAGCCAAAUAACUUUCAUCCUGAAAUCAAGAUUAAUAGAAGAAGAAAACGAUUUCUUUGCAAUGCCACAGGCAUUUCCUAGCAAUAAUAUGACAUCGUUGACCAAUUCGUUUGUCAGCGCCAUAAAUCGAUCCACGGACCUCCGGUACAAUAUGUGGUGGUCUUUUGGCCUUUUCCUAGAAGAUGUUCCCCGACGACUUGGCAGUAAUGAAGCCCUUGACCGUGCAGUUGAUGCUUUGACCACUGCACACGCAGGCUUCUGCACCCGCCAACCAGUUCCGGCGGCGGCACUAGUUAAGUUUUCACAUGCACUCAAGAUCCUGGGAGUCUAUCUAGAUGACCCGAUCCAGGCAAGUACUUCAAGUACACUAUGUGCCGUGAUAAUUCUUUUGAUAUGCCAAACGUUCACGGAAACAGCGGGCAAAUGA